ACGUUUGUUUUCUAAACGAAAAUGGGAUUAUACCGUGUGGCGUCUGUCAGACCAAAAACAACGUUAGCUAGCUAAAUUAAGAUAACUCGUGAAACGUUAGCAAACCUUUCUUUAUGGUAAUGAGCGGUAAAAGUGAAAACACUUUUGUUUCACAGAUUAGCCCUUUAAGGGGUGUAUCCUUUAUAAUAAUUUAAGUAGUUUGAAGGCCGACUGUGUCACUUGCGGACGCCGCUAAUUAGCUUAAAAGGGUGUCCACCGCAUUGACUGUGCACUUUAGCCAGCAGCUAAUGCUAAUUGGUUUGAUUAGCCUACACAAGCUAAAUAAAUGAACAAUUGAUUGGACCAGCAACUGGUAACUUCAGAAUCAGCAUGGAAGAUAAAGCAGUUAAAUUCAUUCCAAGAAAUGCUGCUGCUUUUCAUUCUCUGCCAAACUUUGAGCCAAGCUUGCACCUUCGCCAUUCUCAGAUCAGUCUGACAGAUGAACCAGUUUGCAGCAGUGUUAUUGCAAAGAGGAAAAAUGUACAUCCCGGUGGAGAUAACCAAACGGAAGAGGCUGUACUUUAUGAAGGGGGUGACAGACCCAGAAUGGUGAAGGCCUUGAUCCCCAAACGCAGAGAUGAGAUUUAUUCUGCUGACAUCCUAUCAGGAAAUGAGGAUGACAACGCAGAUGAUGAACCAGCUGCUUUCUCUGUCCCUGGUAUGUCACCUGCUGAAAGUAAGCUGUUGGAUGAAGAAGCAACCACAGAGGCUGAGGGUACAGUAUUACUCACACUAUGUGAUAUCAGUGUUCAAGUCUGGCAGACUGAUGAGCACAAGAAUCACAUGGCAGCAAUAAGCAGUGACAGGUUUGACAGCCUCCUGAAGAUGUGUCCCGUUUUUCAUAAAUGCAAGAGCCACAUGGCAGCAUUUGUCUUAAUAAGAGAAAUGAUGGAUACAGCAGGUCGCCCAUGUCAUCAUUACAAGGUGGUGGCGUUGGGAGCUGGACAGUCAAGCUGCAGCAAGUGGCUCUGCUACAAUGGGACAAUGGUCCAUGAUUGCCAUGCCAUCGUCAUCGCCAGACGGGCUCUCCUAAGGUUUCUAUACAAAGAGCUUCUGCUGUUCUUUGAUGCUGAUCCAAGGGCCAAGAAGAACUGCAUUUUUGAGAGUAGUGCAGGCGGCCACCAGCUUCAGCUGAAGCCCAAGAUCAGCCUGCAUCUCUACACUAAUCACUGUCCUGAAAGAGCUGCUGAGAACUUCAAGGACUCUGUGAACAGCCCUUGGACCAUCAUGAAGCUACAGUGUCACGCCAAAGGCAUGCUGGUCCCUGUAGCCUACCUGCACCCUGGGAUCUGGGCUGCUAGAGUCUGCUGCCUGUCUGGUAGUGACAAGUUGUGUUGCUGGCCUGUCACUGGGGUUCAGGGUGCAUUACUGACCCACUUCAUUCAGCCACUCUACCUCACCAGCAUUGUGCUAGGGGCGCAGAAGCAAUUCCAUAAAGAAUUGUCUAGCACCAACAAGCGGCUGGGUAAUGGAUGGGAGGCGCUUCUCCCACCAUUCUACAAGAAACAAAACACCAUCUUUCUCUGUGGCAACUACGUGGGGCCUACCAUGACAUCCCCACAGCAUGACGACCUUAGCAUCAACUGGUGCUUCGGAGACAAGGAUAUUGAAGUUGUGGAUAGCAGUACGGGCUUCAUCAUUGAGGAGUCUCCAUUUGUGAGCGGGGCUGGUUUCACCAGCAGACUUUGCAAGAGAGCCCUCUACAGUUAUUUUUGCCGUGUUGCAGAGCUGGGUGGGCAUAGCUAUUUGCUGAAUCUUCCCACCUACCACAGCGUCAAGGUGGAAGCCUUUGUCUACCAGUCUGUCAAAGAUCUGGUCAAGGAACAGCUUCUGAACAUCCAUGUAGGUUCCUGGAACUCCAAACAUCUGGUGGAUUGCUUCAGUACAUGAACACUGAAGAAACUGGCUAUGUGGAAGUUUAUCCACAUUCCUCUUGAGAUUUAGUUUACAGUUGUUCUGUGUGCUGUGCUGAUUACCCUUAAUAGUAAUUCUAGUUUUGUUUUAUGUAUAAUACUGGUGCUGUUUUCAGUUUGUGUAAGUCUCUGAGACCCUGUUGUUAUGCACCACAGUGAAGUUUUAAAGAGUUGUGAGUGGGAACACAAUGCUUAAAGGCUAAGGGUGUAAAACUGAGGAACAUUUUCUCUGCGCUGUCAAGUAGAAUUGAAAACCAUAAUCGGUGUUGGUCUGUAGCCAAAAGAUAUGACUGAUCAACAAUUUAUUUUAUGUACCAACCACUAUGCAACCAGCCAUUAAUAUGGAGAGACUGUUAUGAGUGGGUAAGUAUUUUGUUUUACAGCUUAGUUUUAAUGUCAUUUACUAAAGUUGAACAUUGUAAGCUCAGUGUGUUGAAGGUCAGAUGGUCAGAUCAGCGGUGGAAGAACCAGAGAUAUGGUAGUUCAGAGUUUCAACUUCCCUGUCCUCUCUAGUUUUUGCUGCUACUGUUGUUGUUGUUGUUUUUUUUUCUAAAUAAUAACCCUUGUGCCCAUA